AUGGGUGGUCACGGUGGUUUGAACAUCCUCCCGCAGAAGCGGUGGAACGUUUACAACUUCGACAAUCGUGAGAAAGUUAAAAACGACGAAGAAGCCGCCGCCAAAGAGGAGCAGAUCAAGCGCGAGCAAUCGCGGAAGCGCGACACCGAGUUUCGCAUCGAGCAGCUCCGGCAGGCGCGUGGGUUAGCGAGCCGCGGCCCAGAUAGAGCCGACGAAGAACCAUCCUCCACCGCCACCGCCACCGCCGCUACCGCUAUUCCGAUCGAACCUGCAGCCGAACCGGCGAAACCGGAGUCCGAAUCGAAGCACAUAAAUUUGUUCGAAGGGAUCCGGAUUUUCGACCCGAUUAAAGUUGGAGAUUGGAAGAAGGACGAAAAGAAAAGCAGCAAAUUUGGGGGCGAUAAUAAUAAGAAUAAGAAGAUUAAGAGGGAGGAGGUUAGGGUUGUGGGGCCGGAGGAUGAGAUGUAUAAAUUAGGGUAUGGUGUUGCUGGUAAAGGAGUGAAAUUGCCGUGGUACUUGGAGAAAAAGAUGGCUGCCGAGAAAAAUGGCGAUGAAGACGAUGAGGAAUAUGAUGAUCGGAAACGCAAGAAGAGAGAGAGUGGUGGGAAGAAGACUCUGGAGGAGUUGAGGGAAGAGAGAUUGAAGAGAGAGAAGAAGGAGAAAGAGAGAGAAAGGGCUUUGUUUGCGGCCAAGUACAAGAAAGACGGAGGCUUUUCUUCCAGGAGGAGAUGA